CCCAAUAUGAGUGUGUGUGGUUCAGUGUCAGACCCAGCAUGAUUAUGUCUAGGCUAGACCUCCUGGCCUUUUACAGACUUGAUACAUGUGUCGUGUGGCAUAAGCUUUUAUCAACUAUAAAGAAGCUUAUACCUUAACACAUGUAUGCUUUUCUUUUUUGUUAUUUUUAAUGUAUCUUCUGGAAACUGCUUCACAGAAUUGUUGUAACUAGGAACAAGGAAAAACAUGAACGUGGGAAAAGUAUGGUAGAGAUUAGGGCUAUGCAACAUUUUAGAUUUAAAGACAAAGGUGCUUUAGAAAAUACAGGGACAUUCAUGUAGAAUCAAUCUGAUAGCACCUUCUCCUCUAGCACAUUUUAUAUUGUAAUACUUCUGAUUUUUUGCCACCAUAACAGGUUCUUCUCUUACAAUAGCACCAAUCUGCAAGUCCUUAUAGCAGACAUAUUUUCAUGGAUUUGUGGGGCAGCUGCAGCCUCAUGACCCCAGCGUAAGACCUAACUGCUUUUACAAGUGGUAGAGAAUACCCCUCUGAGCUUCAAAUCCAAAAUGCUUCAUGAUUCUAAUAAAGGUUAUCAUUUUAAUUAAUUACACAAAUGAAUAAAAUGUAGGCAUUUGCCCAACCUUCUAUAAAUAAUUUAUUUCUUUAACGAUUAGCUAAUUGCAAGCCACUAUAAUCUUGGGAUCUUGUAUUCAUUCUGGAGAAUCAAGAUUUCAAUGUUCAGAUUCCAGAAUAUCCACCUGGCUAAACAUUGGUGGUAGGCCAAGCUCAGCGGCUGCAAAAAGGCAGCUGGACGCUUCCUACCUGCGUCCUGAACUACCAUGAUAUCAUGGCAAGAUUUCGCAGGAGAACAUGCAUCGUUUUGCUGCUUUUUAUUUUGUUUAUUUGCUCUAUCAUGAUGGCACUGAAAACUCUGAGACCAGAAAGAGUUGGGUUUGGAGAUCCGUUUGGUCUUGGCCUGUUACCAGAUUUUCAGCAACAGACAACACAUUUGAAAAAGAAAUUCAGUCUGCAUAAAGGAGCAAAAGAAGAGAGUUUCCCACGGACCAAAAGUGUUCAUCCUCUACCGGUGAAUCUCAAAACACCUACAACUUCUGUAAGAAAAAUGGAAGAGCUACCUCCUCCAAAUUAUAACUUCCAUGUAUUUUACUACAGCUGGUAUGGGACUCCAGAGUUUGAUGGAAAAUAUAUUCACUGGAACCACCCGUUAUUGACACACUGGGAUCCAAAAAUUGCAAGUGGUUAUCCAAAAGGCAGACACAAUCCUCCAGAAGAUAUUGGAUCAAGCUUCUACCCAGAACUUGGACCUUAUAGCUCUAGAGACCCAUCUGUCAUAGAAGCUCACAUGAAGCAAAUGAGAUCAGCAUCCAUUGGGGUUUUGGCUCUUUCCUGGUACCCACCUGUUAUGGCUGAUGAAAAUGGAGAUCCCACUGAUGGACUUGUGCCUAUAAUUUUGGAUAUUGCACACAAAUAUAAAUUAAAGGUCACUUUCCAUAUUGAGCCAUAUAAAGACAGAGAUGACCGUAGCAUGUACAGCAAUGUCAAGUAUAUUAUAGACAAAUAUGGAGGCCAUCCAGCUUUUUACAGACAUAAAGUCAGUACAGGUAGAACCCUUCCCAUGUUCUAUGUUUAUGAUUCUUACAUCACAAUUCCAGAAAUGUGGGCAAACCUGCUCACAGUAUCGGGAUCUCAGAGUAUACGUAAUACACCCUAUGACAGCUUAUUCAUUGCCCUUCUUGUAGAAGAAAAACAUAAACACGAAAUUCAUCGCAGUGGCUUUGACGGGAUUUACACCUAUUUUGCUACAAACGGCUUCUCUUAUGGUUCAAGCCAUCAUAAUUGGCCCAGUUUGAAAGCUUUCUGUGACAUAAAAAACUUAAUGUUUAUUCCAAGUGUGGGCCCAGGCUACAUAGAUACCAGCAUCCGACCAUGGAACAAUCACAACACACGCAAUCGUGUCAAUGGGAAAUAUUACGAGACGGCAUUCAGUGCUGCGCUUCUAGUGAGACCUGAAAUCAUUUCCAUCACCUCUUUUAAUGAAUGGCACGAAGGGACUCAGAUUGAAAAGGCCAUUCCUAAAAAGACAGAUUUGACAACUUAUCUGGAUUAUCAGCCGCAUAAACCAAAUAUUUAUCUGGAGCUUACUCACAAGUGGUCUGAAAAAUAUAGCAAAGAAAAGGAACAGUGGCUUACAUGAGUUGCUAUUGUGGUUGAGAAUUCGACAAUGAAUCUAUCGCUGAUAGAUUGGGAAGAUUUUGUGAGGAAGUGGUCUGACUAUUUCUACAGCUUUGCUAUAGAAAGUUUUCACUUUAAGGAACAAAGGUAACAACAAGCAAUACUAUCCCUUCAGUUACUUUAUUAUAUGAAGACUAAGUUGGCCAUGCUUAAGAUUGUAUAUAUUAUUCUAUACUACAAGUACUGUUUCCAGAAUGGUGGUACAAAUAGACCGUUAAAGAGCUAAAUUCAAAACUGGCUGCAAUUAAAAUACUUACAUAAGA